UAAAUGGUAACUAGGUAAUAACUGGUAUAAACCAUUUACAUGGAUAUUAGUAAAAUAAGGUAUUAAAUGCAAGUUGAUGGACCCUGUUAUAUUAUCAGAGACAUUAAAACUUGGUUAAUCUAUCGUAUGACCAUUAUGGUAUGGAAAACUAAAAAAAAAAGAUAUUUAAAUAACAUCAGAAAGAUAAGAAGAAAUGACAAAUGUAUAUGCAUGGUUCAGUGUUAGGUAAACAUAACUACAUAAGUACAUAAAACUGUUAGUUUCUACUUCCAUAAAGGUUUGGAAGUUCUUUCUUCUUUUUCCCUUUUCUGCCUCCAACUAAAUUAACACGUUUUCAAUUGUUAUAAAAUGUAAAUCGUAGCAACUGGGGAAAAGAGAGGAGAAUCUAAAAGAGUGUGUGACGAAAGAAUAAGAAAGAGUUACAACUUACAAAACGUGUGUCGUUUAUAGUAACGCCUUGAAAAUAUAUUAUUCUCUACGCAUUAUAUUCCGAUAUAUAUAUCGAACGUUACACGUUCUAAAUUUUUGUUUUUUUUAGAAAAAGAAUUUGGGUUUGGAAAAAGGAACAAAUGCAAUAAGAGAGACGAAAGAAUUUUAAAAUGUGUUCUGUGAGAUAACGAUGGUUACUAAUUUGAGUUAAGAGUUAAUGUUCUAGCAAAAAUUUUAGAAAAGUUCGUUCGUUCUAUUUCUGCAAAGCUUUUUCAUAAACAGUGAGAAUGAGAAAAAGAAAGCAGAAUUAAUAAAUGGCUAAUCAGUACACGACUUUGUAAGAUUUACACAUGUACAAUCGCAAUAUUACUAUAUAUGCAUGAGUUCAAGAAAAAUAUUUAUGAGCUAAAUUAUUGUUUUGGCCAACUCACGUUAAAACUCAUCAUAUAAAGAAGAAAAUGUAACAUCAAAAGAAUUUUUUUUAAUUGACUUGGAGGAAUUCUAAAACUAUGGAAGAUCCGUGACUAAUCUCAAAAGAGAAAUGCAGCCAUAUAUAUACCUUCUCUCUAGAUAUACAUACAAACAGACUGUAACCAGAAGUUCAUAUUCGUGUAGGCACCCCAAAAAUAAUGAGAUUUAGUUUUGCAUAACAGAUAUAUCGAAGUUGAAACAUGCUGAUGUUCCCAACUCUGUUUUCUUAUCACUUGACCACAAGAUCGCAGACAUCAAAGUAAUUUUUGGUUAUUACAAACAAGAAAUCGAGUCGACUGAUUACUUAACGUAUCAAUCGAAAAAUAUUGGCAGUGCGCCAACUCAAACUUUCUUUAGAGAAGAGUGUAUGACAUCAAUUAUGCUUUUAUAUAUUUGGAAAUAAAUGCAUGUUUUGCAUGGCUUUUACAUUUUAAAACUUUUAAAUAAAGUAACUAGAAUGAUUUUUGUAUAAUAAACAACAACAACAACAAUAGUAAUAAUAAAAAAAAUAAUAAUAGUAAUAAUAAAAAAUAAUAAUAAUAAUUCUCAAACAGAUAUAAGCACUUGUAGUGAAUCGGGGCAUGUUACAAAGAUCGCACGGCCGUGUCGAGCGCCGACCAGAUCCCAUUCUAUGUCCGUCCCACACACUUGUAUGUCUUUUGUCUUCAUCAACCUCUUCUAUAUUUUUAUAGUGUUAAUUGAAGCUUUCAUUUCUAUCAUUUAAAAUCCCACCUUAUGCAAUCUCCAUAUCUGAACUAUAACUCUAUUUUAUAGAUGCGUUGUUCCAAGUUGUCUUAUCAAAACCAUUAUUAAAUCUGACUUAACUAUGAUAAACAAAGCAAACAAAUCUUAUUUAAUACCUACUAAGUUUAUAUACAUGGAUACACAUAUACAUAUGCUAUGUAUUAUUCAAAGAAACGACAUACUAAACGUAUAAUAGAGUAUAUUAUAAGAAAUCAAAUCAUAUCAUUCUAGAUGCCACAACAAGAAACAUGUUAUUACUACUUUACAUGAAAUUUAUUUAAUCAGAAGAUUAAUCAGCUAGUGGUUACAUAACAAUGAUCAAAAUAACUAACUUAUCAAAAAGAAUAAAUAACUAUUUUUUACAAAUGCUAAGUAUAUUAAUGAAAUUGUCUAACUUAAUUGAUGUGGUGGAGAUGAGCAAAAUUCUUGUCCUUUUUCUUCUUGUGUUUAGGUCCUGAGUUCUCGUCCCAAAUGGAAAUAUAAUCCUUUUUUAAUGGAAAUUUAUAUGAAAGUUGAUGAAAAUAUUGUAAUUUGGGACUAGAAUUUUCAUAUUUAUAUUUUUUUACAACAAAUAGAUAUUCUAUUAAUCAAACUUAAGAUGGUCUGGUAAAUAAUAAAUAUAAUUGAUCUAUAUAUUUGUUUUAAGUCAACUAUUUCGAAAUUCCGUAAUUUGGAAAGCAAGCUCAAAUAAACAUGCUACCUACGUAGUUCAGUUAGGUUAAAUUCUUGAAUAAUUAUACUCCGAUUAAAUCAAAAUGUAAAAUAUCUUAGGUUAAUAUGCACAUCUAUGAAAAAAUAAUUUUAUAUAAAAAUAUCAUUAAAAUAUAAAUUAAAAAUUAUUUAAUUAAUUACAAAAUAGACUACAAAUAUCCUAACUCCACAAUUUAUAAAGAAAGUUAUACCAUUUUUAUGAUAAGUAUGAUAUGUUCAUUUUUUUAGGUUUUCAUUCUUUUGUUUUGACAAAAAAACAUGUUCUCACUGGGGGAAUGAAAAAUGAAAACAAGUGCUCUAUCGCCCUUUUUCUCCCUCACAAACUCUUUUCUUAAUUUAAAAGAAUAAAAAGCACAUCUAAAAUUACAUCUAAAAUUAAAACUCAGAAAAAGUAUUUAAAAUAUUGAAUUUAGUUUACCGAAAAAAUGUUGAAUUUGGAAAACUAUCCAUCAUGCACAUGUAAAAAACACACGUACAUCACAUAUUACCAUCCAACGGUCACAGCUCAAACCCCUAUAUAAAGUGGUUGCUUCCUUCCCAUACACAAAACAGUCUUUCUUCAGCUGUAAACACAAACACAGAGAGAGAGCAAACCCAUUUCUUGAAAUUCGAUUUCAGACAAAGCAUGAAGAGAGUCAGAGGUUUCAAGAUUGGGCAUAGAUUCGUCAAGAUCUUUAGAUGGAUCCGAUCCAAAAGAACUCAAACAAUGAAACGUCAAUGCCCGACCCGAAUAACAAACCCGAUCGCCGGAAUCCGCUCACUAGCACGAUCUCUAAGCGGUAGAGCCAAGAGACUGUGUGGUGGCAAGAAGAAUUCGGGUCAGAGUCAGAUCCGACUGGGUAAGGAUCCGAGAACGUCUGCGUCGAUAAAGGUUGUUCCGAAGGGACAUUUAGUGGUUCACGUCGGCGAAUCAGACGGCGACACACGGCGGGUUGUAGUACCGGUGAUCUAUUUUAAUCACCCAUUGUUCGGAGAAUUGUUGGAGCAAGCGGAGCGGGUUCACGGGUUUGAUCAACCGGGUCAGAUCACGAUUCCGUGUCGUGUUUCUGAUUUUGAGAAAGUUCAGAUGAGGAUCGCUGCAUGGGAUCACUGUCGCAGGAAGAGUAAUUACAAGAUUCUGUAAUUUGACAUAUUCUUGUCUAAAUUAAAAAAGAAAAUAGAGGCCUUUUGUAAAUAUAUUGGUUUUUUUCCUUGUAUUAUAAACACGGUAUGCCGGUUCAUAAUCGAAAAGAAUUAUGUUUAGCACUAUAAUAGUAGAAAACAUAUUAAAUAAGUAAUACUAGAUGAUUUAUGUGGUUUUUAAUUCUACUGAAACAUUUGAAGAGUCUGUGAUGGGUAAUUCCACAUUUUAGUGGUCCAAAUUUUUCGCUUUAAUAAGUACACUAAUCAUAAAAUGGUUAAAAGUACACUUCCCAAUAAGUAUCCCAAACUUUAAAAAUUCCUUUAGUAACAAAACAUUUAACACUAAAAAUAUUUUAUUCAAAAAGUUAAUCAACACUACUAUUUACGAAGGAUAUUAAAAGAUAACGACAAGUGAACAUCGUCAUACACAACUACAGAGCAGAACCGGUCCUAGAAAUUUAAAGACUAGAAGUAAAGAAAAAAAAUUUGGCCACUUUUAGAAAGAAAAAAAACGAAAAAAAUUUAAAUGCUCAUAGCAAGAUUUGAACCUGGGUUUUUUGACAAAGCUAAACCAGCAAUUACCACUACACUAAGAGAAACUUAUUGCAAAAUAUGGCCGAAAAUAAUUGAUAAAAGAAAAGGCUGGAAGCAAGUGCUUCUUUUGCUUCUACCAAAGGUCGGCUCUGCUACAGAGUAUGAUAAUGAAUCACCACGAAAUUUAUACCACAUUAUUUGAGAAAUAUUUUUUCCAAUUUUCUUAUGUCAUCAUUAUAUUCAUUGCUAAUAGAAGAAUUCUUUUAUCAUAUAUUAAUGAUUUUUAAACUAGUAAAUAAAAUAAAUUAAUAAUUUUUAUUGGUGUCAAAUUCAAACAGUUCAAUAUAGGAAAAAAUGUAUAUUUCAACCUGAACAAUUUCUGUCGUACUAAAUACGAUCCAAACGAUUGAUUAGUGCCAAAAUACGACCCAAACUUGAUAAAAAUUCAAAUUUUCUAUCCGAACUUGUUUCUUUGACUCAAAAACUACCUUGACUAACAUAUUGUUAGUCAACUGUUAAAAUUGAUAAAAGACGUCGUUUUGUCUUUGGAAUAAAAUUGAAAAAAAAAGUAAAGGUGAUAUUCGAGAAAGCUACCAAGUCUCAAUUAAGGAACAUUUGAUAUGCAAUUCUUACAUGUUCAUUUGCUCAUAAAUAUUUGAAAUAUGGAAUCAUUUUGUGUAUGUACAUCAACUAAAUAACCCAUAUUCUUUUGGGAUAUUAAGUUGAUGUACCUACACAAAGGAAAAUGUGAAAAAAUAACCCAUAUUAUGAAUAUAAAAAGAAAUACAUUAGGCACCAUUAAAGAAAAUGAGGGCAUAAAAUACCAAAAUACGCAUGUUUUGUUCAAUAAUAUACCACACUUCAAAAUUUGUGUUGUUGGUGAUUCACUAUGACAUUCAUAUUACCCAAUCAAAGUUAUGUAAUUUUAUUUUUACUUUUAGUUGAAGAAACCUAAGCUAUUUAAUAAAGCUGGAAAAUCAAUCUCCCCCAGUGUUUAAAAGUAUGAAAAUUCAAAGGUAUUUGCACUCUAUACCCAAGUUUUUCAGUGUAUAGCUAACUGUAUACCCAAAACUACUAUGUCCCACUAUUUGGUAAAUGUGUUUUGACUCUGCUACCCCUAAAUGUUAUUGUAACUCACUAUUAUUAUAAGUUCAAUGCCUUAAUUUUGAAAAAUACAACUAAAAUCAUAAGAUUCAAAAUCGAUAGCAAAAAUCACUGUAUUCAUUUCAAUUAACUCUAUCAAAUAAACCCACAUUAAAAUCUAUUUUGUGAAAAUAAUGAUAAA